AUGGACAUGAAGCGGGCGCGGAGCCCCCGGGCUCCGGCCGACGGCGGCGACGACGACAAGAGGCGGGCUGCCAGCGCCAAGUGGGGCGGCGCCGUCCGGCCCAAGAUGGUGCUGGUCGGGUUCCUCGUCACCCUGGCCCUCCUCGCCUUCACCUUCGGCGGCCGCCCGGUCGCCCUCCCCUCCGCCCCCUCCUCGCCGUCCUCCGUCCCCAAGGCCGGCGGCCGCCACGUCGUCGCCGGCGCCGGCGGCAAAAGCGCAACGCCCAAAAAGAACGUAAUCCCUCCGAAGAACGUAACCGCGCCAGCAGCCACAACUCCGUCGCCGUCGCAGGACAAGCUCCUGGGAGGGCUACUCUCGGCGGCGUUCGACGAGUCCACCUGCCAGAGCCGAUACAAGUCGUCCCUGUACCGUAAGCCGUCGCCGUUCCCGCUCUCCCCGUACCUGGUGAAGAAGCUGCGCAAGUACGAGGCGUACCACAAGAAGUGCGGCCCGGGCACGCAGCGGUACCGGACGGCCGUCGAGCAGCUCCAGGCCGGGCGCAACGCCGACAGCGCCGAGUGCAGGUACGUGGUGUGGUUCCCCUGCAACGGCCUCGGCAACCGCAUGCUCACCAUCGCCUCCACCUUCCUCUACGCGCUGCUCUCCGGCCGGGUCAUGCUCCUCAACGUGCCGCCGGAGCAGGAGGGCCUCUUCUGCGACCCCUUCCCGGCCACCUCCUGGGUGCUCCCCGGCGGCUUCCCCGAGGGCAACCCCAUGAAGCUCAACGUCGGCGCGCCCGAGAGCUACGUCAACAUGCUCAACAACGGCGUCAUCCGGCACGACACGCCGGCGGCGUCGCUGCCGGCGCACGUGUACCUCCACGUCGAGCAGACCCGGUUGCGGCUGUCGGACAACAUCUUCUGCGACGACGACCAGCGGCUGCUCCGCAAGUUCACCUGGAUGAUCCUCAAGUCCGACAGCUACUUCGCGCCGGCGCUCUUCCUCACGCCCAUGUACGAGAAGGAGCUGGCGCGGAUGUUCCCGCAGAGGGAGGCCGUGUUCCACCACCUCGGCCGCUACCUCUUCCACCCGACCGACCGGGUGUGGGGGAUCGUGCGGCGCUACUACGAGGCCUACCUCGCCCGCGUGGACGAGAAGAUCGGCUUCCAGAUCAGGAUCUUCCCGGAGAAGCCGGUCAAGUUUGAGAACAUGUACGACCAGCUCACCAGGUGCAUCAGGGAGCAGCGCCUGCUGCCGGAGCUCGGCGACCCGGCGUCCCCGGCGAACGCGACCGGCGACGACGGGAAGGUGAAGGCCGUGCUGAUCGCGUCGCUCUACUCGGGCUACUACGACAAGAUCCGGGGCCUCUACUACGAGAGCCCCACCAAGACGGGGGAGAUCGUGGCGGUGUACCAGCCGAGCCACGAGGAGAAGCAGGAGUACGCGUCCAACGAGCACAACCAGAAGGCGCUGGCCGAGAUCUACCUCCUCAGCUACUGCGACAAGAUCGCCAUGAGCGCCUGGUCCACCUUCGGCUACGUCGCCUACGGCUUCGCCGGCGUCAAGCCGUGGAUCCUGCUCCGCCCCGACUGGAACAAGGAGGUGUCCGACGUCGCGUGCGUCCGCUCCACGUCCGUCGAGCCGUGCCUGCACUCGCCGCCGAUCCUCGGGUGCCGGGCCAAGAAGGAGGUGGACGUGGCCCGCGUCAAGCCCUACGUCCGGCACUGCGAGGACGUCGGCUUCGGCCUCAAGCUCUUCGAUAGCUAA